AUGUGGAAGGCGGCGGGGUGCAGCCAGCUCUCCGGUGACCAGCUGGUGCCCGGGGUGGUGGUGCCGGUUCAGGAGGUGCCUGUGCACGCAGACCCCGCAGCGAGUUUUCUGAAGCCGCACGAAGAGUUUUACACCUGUUCAGCCGAACCCCGGGAAGAGCAGAUAAAACUGAUCGGGUCGCUCAAAAACCACUACCUGUUCAGACAUAAAAGCCAUCCACGACGGUCUCGAAGAAGCGCGAUUCAUAUCACUAAAAGACUUUCUGAUGAUGAGCGGGUGUCGUGGGCGGAGCAGCAAUAUGAAAAAAAGCGAACUAAGCGUGCCACCGUGAGAGACUCAGCAGAAAAUCUUUUCAAUGAUCCUAUGUGGAAUCAGCAGUGGUAUCUGCAAGACACAAGAAUAACUCCAUCCCUGCCCAAACUGGAUCUCCAUGUUAUUCCUGUAUGGCAAAAAGGGAUUACAGGCAAGGGUGUUGUCAUCACAGUCCUAGAUGAUGGCUUGGAGUGGAAUCACACUGACAUCUAUGCCAACUAUGAUCCAAAGGCAAGUUAUGAUUUCAAUGACAAUGACCACGAUCCGUUUCCUAGAUAUGACCCAACAAAUGAAAACAAGCAUGGGACAAGGUGUGCAGGAGAAAUUGCCAUGCAAGCCAACAACAGAAAAUGUGGAGUUGGAGUAGCCUACAAUUCCAAAGUUGGAGGUAUACGUAUGCUGGAUGGAAUAGUCACCGAUGCUAUUGAAGCCAGUUCAAUCGGUUUCAAUCCAGAACAUGUGGAUAUUUACAGUGCAAGCUGGGGCCCUAAUGAUGAUGGUAAAACUGUGGAGGGACCCGGGAGACUGGCACAGAAGGCUUUUGAAUAUGGGAUAAAACAGGGCCGAAAUGGGAAAGGCUCCAUUUUUGUAUGGGCUUCCGGGAACGGAGGCCGUCAGGGUGACAACUGCGACUGUGAUGGUUACACUGAUAGUAUUUACACUAUCUCCAUUAGCAGUGCUUCUCAGCAAGGCCUUUCUCCCUGGUAUGCAGAGAAGUGCUCUUCAACUCUGGCCACAGCAUACAGCAGUGGGGAUUAUACUGACCAAAGAAUUACAAGCGCUGAUCUUCACAAUGAAUGUACAGAGACUCACACUGGGACCUCUGCAUCUGCACCACUGGCAGCAGGAAUUUUUGCUCUAGCGCUGGAAGCAAACCCAAAUCUAACAUGGAGGGAUAUGCAGCACUUGGUAGUGUGGACCUCAGAAUACGAUCCACUGGCUGGAAAUCCAGGAUGGAAGAAGAAUGGAGCAGGACUGAUGGUCAACAGCCGAUUUGGGUUUGGACUGCUCAAUGCCAACGCAUUGGUAGAUUUAGCUGAUCCCAAAAGGUGGAAAGGUGUACCGGAAAAGAGAGAGUGUAUUGUCAAAGACAAAAGUUUUGAACCAAGAUUAUUAAGAGCAAAUGAGGAAGUCAUCAUUGAAAUUCCUACAAAAGCCUGUGAGGGUCAAGAAAAUUCCAUUGCAUCUCUAGAGCACGUGCAGCUUGAGGCAACAAUUGAGUAUUCCCGUAGAGGUGAUCUUCAUGUCACUCUGGUAUCGCCAUCAGGGACCAGCACUGUCUUACUGGCUGAAAGAGAGAGAGAUAAAUCUCCCAAUGGCUUUAAGAACUGGGACUUCAUGUCUGUUCACACAUGGGGAGAGAAUCCAACAGGCACCUGGGUUUUAAGGAUUACUGAUCUGUCCAGAAGAAUACAAAAUGAAGGAAGAAUUGUAAAUUGGAAGUUGAUUUUGCAUGGCACUGCUACUCAGCCUGAACACAUGAAGCAGCCACGUGUAUACACAUCCUACAAUGCUGUGCAGAAUGACAGAAGAGGAGUGGAGAAGAUGACGGACUUCGUAGAGGACCAUACCACACAGGAGAACCUGAGUGAAAAACCCAAAGUCACAGACGAUACUAGUAGUAGCAGUGACAAAGCAGAAGAUAAAGUCCCAUCAGAGGCUAUGAUACAUUUACUGCAAAGUGCUUUCAGCAGACAGAUGGCUCAGAAGCGACUGCCGAAGAAGACUGCAAAUGAGAAGUUAAAUAUUCCAUACGAACACUUCUAUCAAGCCCUCGAAAAAUUAAACAAGCCCUCCCAGUUAAGAGACUCAGAAGAAAGUCUGUACAGUGACUACGUUGAUCUUUUUUACAAUGCCAAACCAUACAAGCAUAGAGAUGAUAGACUGCUGCAAGCCUUGGUUGAUAUUAUAAAUGAAGGAAACUAAACUAUUGGGUAUGGCACUGAGUUGGAAAUAUUCGUUCUCCCCACCCCACCCGUAGUUUUUUUUUCAGAAGUCUGUUGUAUGCUCUA